CUCAAGCUCAAUUUUUGUAACUUAUAUUCUAGCUCCUACUAUACAAUUUAUUGCUACUAAUUGGUGGCUAACAUAAGUGAACUUUGUUCAAUGGCCACCAGACAAAUAGCGUAUGAUCAAUCAUCCAACACUUAUGGAAAGUCAUAUGAUGUGUUUUUGAGUUUCAAAAGUGAAGACACUGGUAAAAAUUUCACAAAUCACCUGUCUACAUCUUUAAAUCAAGCCGGAUUUCGCACGUUCGAAGGUGGUGAUGAUAAUAAAUCAAGAAGAGAAGAAGACAUUAAUUCAGAGUUGUCUAAAGCAAUACAUGAUUCAAAGAUGUGUAUAAUUGUAUUCUCACAAAAUUAUGCAUCUUCUAGUUGGUGCUUGGAUCAACUUGUUUCCAUUCUUGAAUACAAAAUGAAGUUUGCAUGUAUGAUAUUGCCUAUUUUCUACCAUGUUGAUCCUUCCAAUCUAAGGAAGCACAAGGGAAGUUUUGGAGAAGCAUUAAAUAGACAUGAAGAAAAAUUCAAGUGUGAAAGAGUACAUGAAAAUAAUGAAAAAGAGUAUUGGGAGGACAAGUUAAAGAAAUGGAAAGAUGCACUAAGCCAAGCUGCUGAUUUGGCAGGAAUGGUCCUUGAAAAUCAGCAUGAAUCCACUUUCAUCAAGAAGAUUAUUAACGUUAUUAGCACAAGAUUAAGUCGUCCAGCUUUAUAUAUUGCUUCUUGUUCAAUUGGAAUACAUCGUAGAGCCAGGCCCAUUAAUUCUUGGGUUCAAGCUGAUGGAUCGAACAAUUCCAAUAUUGAGAUACUUCUAGUUUGUGGUAUUGGUGGAAUUGGAAAAACAACACUUGCCAAAUUUGUUUACAAUUUAAACUUUGGAUAUUUUGAAAUUAGUUGUUUCUUAGCAAACAUAAGAGAAACUUCAAAACUCCCUAAUGGUCUCAUCACUUUACAAAAGCAACUUCUUUCUAUCCUUCUAAAGAAUGAAAAGGUAAAAAUAUCAAGUGUUGAUGAAGGAAUCAUCAAGAUAAGAAAUGCUUUAUGUUAUCGAAAAGUUCUUCUUGUUCUUGAUGAUGCUGAUGAGCCUGAUUUGGUUGAAGCUAUAUUUGACAUGAAAGAUUGGUUUGGUUUUGGAAGUAAAAUAAUUGUAACAACUAGGCACAAAAGUUUAUUAAGACCUCAAUUAGUCCAUGAGGUACAUGAAGUUGGAAUUUUGUACACAAUUGAAGCAAAUGAGCUCUUCAAUUUUCAUGCAUUUGGUCAUGAAAACAAUCAAAUAAGCAAAGAUUAUUACAAAGAGUACUUAGAGGAAGUGAUUGAAUGGUGUAGAGGACUUCCAUUAGCUCUUCAAGUUAUCGGUUCUUCGUUGGCUGGAAAAUCAAAAAAUGUAUGGAGAAGUGCUAUAGAAAAGUUGAGAGAAAUUCCCACAAAUAAAAUUGUGGACAAAUUGAGAUUGAGUUAUGAGUUAUUGGAAGAUGAUCAUGAUCAGAAUUUGUUCCUUCAUCUUUGUUGUUUCUUUGUGGGGAUGAAAAAAGAUUUUGUAGUUAGAAUACUUGAUAAAUGUGAUUUUUACACAUUAGUGGGGAUACAAAAUCUAAUUGAUAGAAGUUUAGUGACAAUUGAAUAUGUGAAUGAGAUAACAAUGCAUCAAUUAGUAAGAGAUAUGGGAAGAGAUAUUGUUCGUAGAGAAGCAACUGUGGAUCCUGGAAAACGUAGUAGGCUUUGGCAUCACACAGAUUCUUACAAUGUUCUAAGAGGAAAAACAGGAACAGAGGCAGUGCAAGGGAUGGUACUCGACAUGCGUAUGAUUCCCUUAAUACCAUUGAGACAAAGUCCAAUUGGCUUUUUCACAGCUUGGAGUUCAAAAUUGGGCAAUUUUAGUUUACAAGAUCAUGUGAGAACUGAUGCCUUUGAGAAAAUGCACAAGCUUAAAUUUCUCCAAUUCAACAAAGUUCAAGUGAAUGGAAGUUACAAGAAUUUUCCAAAGGGAUUGAGAUGGCUAUGUUGGAGUGGAUUCCCAGAGGAGUGUAUACCAAAUGAGUUUCCAAUGGGAUAUGUUGUGUCUAUCGAUAUGCGAUACAGCAGCUUGAAACAACUUUGGAAUGGAUAUAAGUUUCUCCAAUACCUAGAGAUACUGGAUUUGAGCCACUCCUAUGAGCUCAUCACAACACCGGAUUUCUCAGGCCUUCCCAAUCUUGAAAAGUUGAUACUCGAACAUUGUACCAAGUUAAUCAAUGUUCAUAACACCAUUGGAUGUCUACAAAAACUCAUGAUUUUGAACCUUAAAGAUUGCCACAAGUUAAAGAUCCUUCCAGAUAGCAUUUGUGAGUUAAAAUCUCUUGAGACACUUAACAUCUCAGGCUGCUCAAACAUUGUAUAUUUACCAACAGAGCUUGAUAAAUUAAUAUCACUAAAGGAACUUUAUGCUGAUGGGAUCUCAAUGAUCAAUUUGGAGGCCCAAACAUGGUAUUCAUCUUUAUGGGCUUGGGCCUGGAAAGGAAGAGGCCCAUUAUUAUCUCCUAAAAUUCAUUUUCCUAAGUCCUUACAUGUGUUAAACAUUGCAAAAUGCAAUUUAUCUCCAGAUGCUUUUAACAAGGUUGAUUUAGGCAUUAUGACCUUACUACACUGGCUAGAUUUGGGAGGAAAUCCGAUUAACGAUUUACCAGAUAGUAUCAAGAAUCUUACGAGGCUAAAAACUCUUAACAUCGCGUAUUGUACAAAGAUCAAGUACCUCGAAGGGGUACCAUCGAAUGUUACAGAUGUAAAUGCUGAUGGAUGUAUAUCAUUGGAGAAAGUAGGUUCUUGUGCUAAAGGGCAUCCAGUAGAAGGUUAUAUAAAUUGUAUAAAUCUUGUUGAAGUUGAAGGUGUGUUCAAGUUAGAGCCAUUGGAAAAUGUUGAUCCUCAAGUGCUUGCCAACAACAUGGGAAUUUCAAAUUUGGAAACUAUAAUGAAAAGUACUAUGGUUUCUCUUGUAUUUGGUCGUGUGUAUAAUGCUGAAAGACUUAGAAAUGAAUAUCCAGGUUUUGUACAAGAUGACAUAACAAGUUUAUUUUCAUUAUCACCUAAGAAGUUGCCUCCACAGAUAUUGUACCAUCGUGGUGUUUUCUCAACAUUUUUGCCUGGCGAAAGCGUACCCAAUUGGUUCAGCUACAAGUUCACAGAUGCAGCAGAAGUCUAUUGCACCCUACCAAACAAUCUCCAUAGCCACAGAACAAUCAAUGGAUUGAGCAUUUGCUUUGUAUACAAAUGUCCAGAACCAUACACCAACGUUGGCUUGUACGACGGACCAGCAAUUUGGUUACGAAAUCAAACAAAAGAUUUGAACUGGGCUCUGUAUCCUGCUUGGUUUGGCCUUCCAGAAGAUGAUCAAACUGGAAUUAUGUGGUUAAGUUACUGGAAAGUCAAUAAUUUGUUUGAACAAGGAGAUAUUAUUGAAGUUAUGGGGUCUCCACAAUUUGCUGAAUUUAUAGAACUUGGUGUUAAAAUUUUCUACAUUGAUGAACAAACAGAGAAUUAUGAGAGUAACGACCCAUUUGAAGACAUAUUGAGGAACGAUUUUAGUGAUGAAGAACGUACUUAUUACAUUUGCACUUGAACAAUUCUUGUA